AUGGCACUCCCGGGCCCGCGCCCCGCUGCCAUCCCGGAGGGCGAGGAGGUCCCCCCGGCGGCCUGUAAUGGGGAACACCGGGCGCCCUGCGGCCAGGAUGAGAGGGCCGUGUCCAGGCUGCAGCGCAGGCACAGCGACGUCAGGGUCUACAAGGAGUUUUGUGACUUCUACAUCAAAUUCAGCAUGGCCAACGCCCUGGCCAACGCCAGCUGUGAGCGCUGCCGGGGAGGCUUCGCGCCCGCCGAGAAGAUCGUCAACAGCAACGGCGAGCUGUACCACGAGCAGUGCUUUGUGUGCGCCCAGUGCUUCCAGCAGUUCCCCGAGGGCCUCUUCUAUGAGUUUGAAGGGAGGAAGUAUUGUGAACAUGACUUUCAGAUGCUCUUCGCUCCCUGCUGUCACCAGUGUGGGGAAUUCAUCAUCGGCCGAGUGAUCAAAGCCAUGAACAACAGCUGGCACCCCGAGUGUUUCCGCUGUGACCUCUGCCAGGGGGUCCUGGCAGACAUCGGGUUUGUCAAGAGCGCCGGGAGACAUCUGUGUCGCCCCUGCCAUAACCGAGAGAAAGCCCGAGGCCUUGGGAAAUACAUCUGCCAGAAGUGUCAUGCCAUCAUUGACGAGCAGCCUCUGAUAUUCAAGAACGACCCCUACCAUCCAGACCACUUCAACUGUGCCAACUGCGGGAAGGAGCUGACCGCCGACGCCCGGGAGCUGAAGGGGGAGCUGUACUGCUUGCCGUGCCACGACAAGAUGGGGGUCCCCAUCUGUGGCGCCUGCCGCCGGCCCAUCGAAGGGCGCGUGGUGAACGCCAUGGGCAAGCAGUGGCACGUGGAGCAUUUUGUUUGUGCCAAGUGUGAGAAACCGUUUCUCGGACAUCGCCAUUACGAGAGGAAGGGCCUGGCGUACUGUGAAACCCACUACAACCAGCUGUUUGGUGAUGUUUGUUUCCACUGCAACCGUGUUAUAGAAGGUGAUGUGGUCUCCGCCCUCAACAAGGCCUGGUGCGUGCACUGCUUUUCCUGCUCCACCUGCAGCGCCAAGUUAACGCUCAAGAAUAAGUUUGUGGAGUUUGACAUGAAGCCAGUCUGUAAGAAGUGCUAUGAGAAAUUUCCGUUGGAGCUGAAAAAAAGACUUAAGAAGCUAGCGGAGACCUUAGGAAGGAAAUAACUUCAUCUUAUUUUUUCUCUUCUCUGCAAAGAUAAGAGAUUACAACAUUGCUUGACCUCAUACACCCUUACCCAAAGCUGCAUCGCGAAAUAGUUGAGAGUGAAGAGAACCUAUGGAGCGGUUUUCUUCAUCUCCUUUUUCUCAUUAAAAAAAGUUUGUGUAAUCAUAUUUAAAACAUGGAUGAGGUCAACAUUUGCCUCUGUUAGUAACCCUUAUCAAUUUGAAAUGGCAACUGUACUUAAUAGCAAAAGAAACAUGGUUAAAUUUUAAUUGAGGUCCAAAAAGUUAAAUAUUACUUUUAAAAAUGAAAGUAAGCAGUCAGCUUUUACAUGACUCAGAUAAAAAAUAUCAACACUAUUUUACUUUGUAUUCAAAAGCAAAUUAAUUGCAGCUGCAGUUUAGGAGGAUAUAAGAAAGAAAAACAACCAACCGAGAAACACAGACCUUACAGAAUCUUAGCGCAUUUAUCAAAUGAGUGGCUGUGAAAUGAAUAUACACAUUACUAAGAUAAGAAGCAAGUAUAUUCAGAACUACGCGAUUUGGGGUUUUGUUGUUAGGGUUAUAAGCGCCUUCAUUGCUGUGCUUAGUUUUACAUUUUGUUCUCCUUGUGAAUUUCUUCACACAGUCACUUAACAUAGUAGUUAUACGUACAGCUGACAGCAUCCUUUUCAGAUUUUGUGCAAAACAAUUUAUACUAUAGGGUAUCUGAAAAUACAGUAUAUACUUUACAAUAUUGGGGAGAUGAAGCAUUUUCAAUGUAUUACAGCAAUUGUGCUUCUAAGGUUAAGGUCAAAGAUGUAGUCUUAGAAGAGGACAUGAAAUUAAAUGUUAUGUAGUUUGGAAUGUAUCACUUUAAAAAAAAGUGAAUGUAUAUGUGUUUCUCUUAUUGCCUUUAUAACCAGCUAAUAUCUAUGCUUUAUACAUAAACGAACUUGCCUUGCCUUAGAAAAAUACAUACUUUAAUCAGGAAUUCUAGCUGUUUCACACCUUACAAACUAAACACAAGUGCACUGACUGAGAUUUGUAAACUCAAAUUCAUUUACCACAGCUAUGAUUACAUGUUAAACUUUUUUUCACUUUUUGGGGAAA